GUCCAUUUGGUAAGUUCCCAGCGUUCUUUGUAAUAAUUUCCCAACAUUCUUCUGUGUGUCCGGCUGGACUGUGGUUGGCUGAAAGUCAAGGCCUUCACUUGAUACAAAAAAUUAAUUAUAAUAUGUCUAUAUUUGUUGUCGAGAAAUGUAAUAUGAUAUCCUUCAAUUAUCUGCUCUUGAUUGAUGAGCUGCAGUAUCAUCUAAUGAUUAUUAAGUCGCCAUCUUGUUAACAAAUUACUCUGAAUGCAAAAUAAUAUUCAUUUGGAUUAAACUGUAAACACAUCUGGAAAACUUAUUAGCACUUAAGACACAUAUGUCUGAGUUCAUCAGCUUUCGAAAAUAAUUGAAACCAGAUAAAUUCAAAUUAAAUUUCGUUUGGCGUACUCUUAUAUUCCCCCCUUUAAAAUGCGCUUGUUUAAAUUAUUAGUAUUUUAUGCUAUAUUAUUAAAAACAUGGAAUAAAAGUUUUGACUGUGGCUAAAUCAUGCAUCGUGAUUUCUUAAAAAGGAGAAAACUUAACAAUAAGAGUUAUAAAUAACUCUUUGCUAUUUGGUGAAUAUAUGGAUUGAUUGAUAUGAACCAUGUCAGGACUGAAAGAGUCAAAGGAAGAUGAACUUGAGAGUCAGAAAGCGCAGGAGGUGAUUGGAUUACUUCUAAGAAAACCAGAUGAGGAUUGUACUGAGGCCCUUACUUAUCCAGCUGUUUGUAAAACGGAACCUGACCUUCCUAGCUCUUCCAUUACGGUUUCUAUUUCGGAUGCCUCCCCACUGAACAUUUGUCAGGUUUCCUUGACUGAUGCUGCGGGAAUGAUUCUGGAACCUAAUGAUAUCUUGCGACAAUCUUUGGAUGGAACUUCCUCCAUCCAGUUGGAGGAUGGGACUACUGCUUUUGUGCAGAGCUUUGAGCCCGUCGAUGAAGCAGACAGUGGCGAUGCCACUGCCAGAUUCAUUGAUGGCCAAGCUGUGCAACUUGAGGAUGGUAGCACAGCCUUCAUUCAUGCUGCUCCACGAGAGGGACUUCAGCCUGUUCAGUUGGAAGAUGGAACGGUCGCCUAUCUAUCUCAAACUGGAGCCGAAUUAUUCAAUGGAGAAGCUUCAACUUUGGAUUUGGAACAUAUUUCAACAUCUCAGCUUGUUGAUGCGGAUGUUAAGGAAAUGGACUUGAAAGUGGAAAGUUUUAACAAAAGCACUACUACUAAAGUUGCAGAGAAAGCUUUCCAGUGUGAGUUUCCUAAUUGCAAAAGGCUUUAUACUACAUUACAUCACCUAAAAGUCCAUGAAAGGUCUCACACUGGAGAUAGACCCUUCAAGUGCAAAUCCUGCACAAAAUCUUUCGCGACAGGUUAUGGUCUUAAGAGUCACACGCGUGUCCAUACAGGGGAGACACCCUACAAGUGUCCGGACGAGGCGUGCCAUAAAGCCUUUAAGACAUCUGGGGAUCUGCAGAAACAUGUUCGAACACACACUGGAGAGAGACCUUUUAAAUGUUCCUUCUCUGGUUGUGAUAGAGCAUUUACUACCUCUAAUAUACGUAAAGUACACAUCAGGACGCAUACGGGAGAACGUCCAUACAUCUGUAAGGAGGAAGGUUGUGGUAGAGCUUUUGCCAGUGCUACAAACUACAAAAAUCAUAUCAGAAUACAUACAGGUGAAAAACCUUACCUCUGUGCAGUGUCUGGUUGUAACAAGCGUUUCACUGAAUAUUCUAGUCUUUAUAAGCACCAUGUCGUGCAUACGCACUUCAAGCCUUAUGCGUGCAAUCUAUGUGGAAAGAACUAUCGGCAAACCUCCACCUUGGCCAUGCACAAGAGGACUGCUCAUGGUAUUCUGGAACAGAAUGAAGAAGAGGAAAUGAUCUCUGAAGCUGUGGAGAAAACUGAAGAAAGCUUGGAACUUAAGAAAAAAGCUGUCAACACCAUACCAAAAGAGAAUGAAAAAGAUAAUAAGUGUGCCAACGUACAAUUAGAUACCAAAGAUUCCAGUUCAGUCAAAACAACAUUUCCUACUAUCGUAGCUCUUCAGGGUGAAACUUCUGCUCAACUUUUACAAGAACAUCCUGUGUAUGCUGUUCAACUGCAAGAUGAUGGGACUCUCUCCAACAUGCAACAAAUAGUUCUUGUCACCGACUCCUCGCAGCUUGCGACGCUGCAACAUUUGGCACAGCAAGGGCAAUUUGAAACAACUGUUCUCUCUUCUGUUACUGGGGAGGCUGACCUAUCCACUAAUGCAACGACGUAACGUCUUUAUUUCAAUGAAAUAAUUAUGGAAUGUUUUUUACCUCCCUCAAUCCUGUACAUUAUUUAAGAAGGAAAAAAAAUCAAAAUACUAGUCAUUGUAAUUAAAAUAUUGUUGAAUAAAUUUGUUUUAUUUUUUA